AUUAACGAGAAUCUCUUGCCCUAAGAUUCCGCGAACAGGCAAAAAAUUAUCACCAAAUUCACGUCGACCAGUAAGACCCAAGUCAAUUUAUCAACCACAUCCCAAAAUCCAAGCGCAUCAAUUCUGUGAGUGACUGAGGAGCUCAACUACGGCUUCUGAAUCCUAACAAUUCUUAGAUUGCAAAAAUGGAUGCAUCAAAGGUCCCCGUCAAGCUCGUUAAGGUCACCCGUGUUUUGGGCAGAACCGGUAUGUCGAAAUUAGAAAAAUAUACGUCUGCGAAGAUAAAGGAUGAAAUUCUGAUCAAAUUUAGGUUCCCGUGGAGGUGUUACUCAAGUCAGAGUUGAGUUCAUGGAUGAUACCACCCGUUCCAUUAUCCGUAACGUCAAGGGCCCAGGUACGAUUUCACGAUUACAUUUUUGUCCUGCAAUUAUAUUACGACAGCGAAUUUUAGAGAAUGAAGAUGCUAGGAGGCUAGGAAAAUUAUAGGCUAACAUUUUCAAAAUAGUGCGCGAAGAUGAUAUUCUCUGCCUACUCGAAUCCGAGCGUGAAGCUAGAAGAUUGAGAUAAAUUGUUGGUCAUGGUCGGUUGAUUGGAGCAAUGGGAUUUUCUUCAUUCAUGCAGGUCUUUGCUACGGCUUUGGACUGAAAUUGCGUUUGAUGGAUAUGGAUGAAUAAGUUCAAGGAAAUACUUUCACCACAAAAUAGCACGAUCGAUGAAUUCCCGGUACCAAUGUUUUUUUCGACAAUAUGCAAAUUUUGAGACGUGAGGAUUCUUGUGGCCUCGGGUGAUAUGGAUUUCGCAUUAUUACAACUUCACACCACUUUUUUGAAGGAUUGGAUCAUGAUUAUGGAUUUGGAGACUUUAAAAUUAUUGAGAAAGUACAAGCGG